UUACUCUCCCAUCAUGGUUACUAUAUGUAUAAUGCUCAUAGUGAAGUGAAAAUGUGUCAUACUGACAUACCUACUACAGCCUAGAAUAAUCCAGCAUGUUUGCCUUCUUACAAAUGAAUUGGAUUUUUUCCUACUUGCCUGUAAUUUUAAUAGAAAUAUGAGAAAUAUCUACAGAGUAAGCUCCGUCCUAGUCAUUUCAUUAAGUAUCGUGAGUGUUUGUCUGCUGUUAUCAACCACCACAGCUGCACACCAUUCUUAUCGCCACAACAAUGACAUACGCAAGGAUUCUCUUUACUACAGACUACCACGUGAAGUUGUACCUAUAAACUACAAAUUGCACCUACGACCAAACAUAGAAAAUAAAACCUUCGACGGCAAUGUUAAUAUAACAAUCAAAACAUUGAGUAACACAAAUAUUAUAACUCUGCACUCUAAUAAAUUGAUAAUAAAAUCAAUUUCUUUGAGAGACGACUCAAAAGAAUACACUAUAAAAUCCUCGGACUUGACAAAUGAUAGUAGAGAAUUCUUAAAUAUUCACCUGCAAGAUUCAAUUCCAGAGGGUACAUUUGAGCUGGGUAUAGAUUUUUCUGGAAAUCUAAGUGGCCUGGUUGGACUAUACGCGAGCACAUUCAGUAACAAAAAAAAUAUUCGGACCAGACCGGAAACCGUGCAAGGCAAAUAUCGUGACAUUCGCAGCACACGUGGUAUUAAGGAACAUAGUGCAAAUGCCAGUUCCCAUAACACGCCAAGAUAUGGCCAUACACGUAGUACUAGACAAGAGAAUCCUCAAGAAAAUUAUCAUGGUUAUGCUCAAGAUACAACACAUCAGGUAAGUGAUCAUGAUAGCGUUCGUGAUAAUGCUCAAAUUGAUAUACAGCAAGUAAGUGAUCAUAAUAAUACUCGAGACAUUGCUCACAUGCCUGGAACCACGCUUAGUUUUGCCCAAAACAGCACUGAGAACAAACAGCAAGAUAGUCAAGAUAGUGCAGAGGAUAGCGAUGUAGGAAUCACGCGUGGUGUUGCGCAAGACGCGCAAAACAGUGCUGAAUAUAGAGCGGAAGACAGGAAUACUCAGCACUGGCAGCUAGAUAGUGUACCAGACACUGAAUACAAAAAUGAUCGCUUGAAUAACAUCACGCCUGCUUUAGUCAGAAACAGCCCUGAAUUUAGAGGGCAAGACAGUGGUCAAAAAUAUGAGCAAGAAAGCAUUGAAGACGAUACUCAAAGCAGCGCUUAUGAAAGCGUGGAAAAUUAUGCUCAAGAUAGCGAUCAAGGCAUCGCAAUAGAUGUCGCUCAAGAAAAUUUUCAAGUCAAUGCACAAGAAUAUGUACAAUAUGGUGGUGAAUAUAGCGCUCAAGAAUUUUAUCAAGACAGCAAUACCAAUGAAAGUAUUCAAGCCAGCGCCCGGCGUAGAAGUAAUAAACAUUGGCGUGCCAAUUUAGAACGACAGUCAAAACACGAUGCAUGGGACAGAAUGAUGAUUGCCAGUCUGUUCGAGCCAACAAAUGCACGUGAAGCAUUUCCCUGUUUUGAUGAGCCAGAUUUUAAAGCGACUUUUGAUAUAACUCUCACCGUACCUAAAUCAUAUGUGGCACUCUCUAAUAUGAAUGAGAUAUCCAGAGCAAGUGAUGAAGAAUCGGACACGGACAUUGUAACGUUUGCACAUAGUGUGCCUAUGGCGACUUACUUUGCUGCAUUUGUUAUAUGUGAUUUUGAUCACAAACAAACAGAAGUGGAGCCAGGUGACAUUGGCAAAAACUUCACUCUGCGAGCCUUUGCCCAAAAAGGCAAGACUAAUGAGAUAGAUUUUGCUCUAGAAGUUGGGAGAAGAGUAAUGGAAUUUUACAUUAAAUAUUACGAAGUGCCAUUUCCGCUUCCCAAAUUGGAUAUGAUAGCAAUUCCCGACUUUCAACCAGGAGCGAUGGAACACUGGGGUCUUGUUACGUAUAGGGACGUAACUUUGCUGAUGGAUGAGGCUACAGCUUCAUCCACGGAUAAGAUAACAGUAGCAAAUGUUGUCACUCAUGAGUUGGCACACAUGUGGUUUGGAAACUUGGUGACAAUGAAAUGGUGGGAUGACCUUUGGUUGAACGAAGGAUUUGCGACUUACAUGCAAACAUUAUCUUUGAAUGCUGUCGAGCCUACCUGGUCAAUGCCGGACCAGUUCCUCUUCCGCUUACACGAAGUGCUCAAGAGAGAUGCGGGUCUGUCCAGCCAUCCAAUCCAGCAAAAGGUUAACUCGCCCGAUGAUAUAGUCGCCAUGUUUGACCCCAUAUCUUAUGUAAAAGGCGCUGCGGUGCUACGGAUGUUGGAAGGUUUCGUCGGCCAGGAGUGUUUCCGUCGAGGCGUCUCGGACUACUUGAAGAAGUAUAUGUAUGGAAACACGGUCACUGGAGACUUCUUUACGUCUAUGGAGCCCAUCUUCAAAAUCUAUAACCCCAAUCUUGACCUCAAGUAUAUAAUGGCCACGUGGACUUGCCAAAUGGGCUACCCUCUCCUCACCGUGACGAAGUGCAAACAACCUCACACUUACACCAUCACACAGUCGCGUUUCUUACUCAACCCCGACGCUCGGUACGAUAACGAUUCAAAGUAUAAGUAUCGCUGGUAUAUACCAAUAACUUACACGACAAAUAGAGGGCCAUGUAAAAAAACAAUUUGGUUCUCGGACCAAGAAAAUAAAGUGACUCUAAAAUUAAAGGAAAAUGAGAAUUGGCUGAAAAUUAACAACAACCAAGUGGGCUUUUACCGUGUUACCUAUCCGGAAGAUAUGUGGCGAGACCUGAUUGAACAACUUAAGGAGAAAACGCUCAGUAAGCUCACAAUAUCGGAUCGAGCGCAUUUACUAAACGAAGUUUUCGCCCUCGCAGAGGCGCGCGUGGUGCCCUACGAGCUGGCCCUGGACCUCACCUGCUACCUGCCUCAGGAACAGGAUUACGUCCCGUGGUUAGUCGCCGCAGAUGUCUUCUCUGAAUUUGCUGUGAAACUACUCAACACCGAUGCUUAUGAGCAGCUGAUGGUACAUAUACAAAAAUUGAUAAAGCCAUUGUAUGAUUCGCAAAGCUGGGAGAAGAACUCGAGGAGUGUUAUCGAUGGAUUACUUCGGACGACGGUGCUCCAUUUAGCGGCGUGGUGUUUGGUGCCGGAUGCUGUGGAACACGUGCGGUCUCUGCUGCAGGACUGGCUGAAGGACCCCGACGCCUCGCCGGUAGAGCCUGACUUGAGAAGCUUCGUCUAUUCUGAGGGAAUGAAGUCAGCCACUCAGGAAGAGUGGGACAGGAUGUGGGAGAUCUACCAGCGCGAGGAGGAUGCGCAGGAGCAGGCCAAGCUGCGCGCUGCGCUCGCGGCACCCAGAGAUACUGAAAUACUGAAGAAGUACUUAACCCUCAGCUGGGAUGAGAACAACAUUCGAAGACAGGACUAUCUGAAUGUACUGCAACUUAUCGCUGAAAACCCGUCGGGCGUCGAUCUAGUGUGGAGCGAACUCCAGAAAAACUGGCCGCGACUGGUCGGACGGUUCUCGGUGCAUGACCCACACCUUGCAAAACUCUUCCCAAGCAUUUCACACAGCUUCAACAAGGAAUCCCAGUUAAAAGAGAUGGAACAUUUCGUUGCGCAGUACCCAGAAGCGGGACCUGGAGAAAUAUUGAGAAAAGUCGCAUUCGAGACUGUGCGGAACAAUGUUCAGUGGCAAAAAACACACUAUGACAAAGUAUCCGCGUGGCUGCGGGACCGCACCCCCCUCCCUCCUCCACCUCUAAGGUUACUCUGAUGAACUGCUAAAUUAAUUUAAGAAAGAGAUUCCAUUUCCAUAAUCCUUAAUCCUGAAAAAACACAGCCGAAAAAUGAUUUAAAAUAAAACACUAGGGGAAAUAAAUUGUGUUUUUUUAAUUAUUUGAAUGUUUCCAAAUUGA